CGAAGCACUGAUCUAUAAAAGAGGAGCGUCCACAAGAAGGUAAGAAGCUAGGCUGUGAGCUUCUCUUCUGGCCUGCCUAGCUCUUAACGGUUGGAUCGGAGCAUGGAACAACCCGCUGCUGCAGCGUGGGCACCUUGCGAGUUUCAGCUGGCAAACUGGAGCAUUGAUCAAGAACCAGCUGCAGCGGGCCUCCCUGCUGUGGAGUACUAUGCGUCCAUCGACAUACCGGCCGGUACCUGCUGCCUCGAAGAAGCAUCUGUGCCUGAUCAGUACUACUACUAUUCUGCAGCCUCACAACACAAUGCUACGAGUGAUCAUGAUCAGAAAGCCGUCAAGAUCUCGAACGACAGCCGUGCUCAGAGUGUGGCCCAUAAGGUGAUGGGCGAGUUCAAGGAAGACAUCGACAUGAAGGAAGUGAAGAUGCAUAGGUACCCCGCAUGCCUCGUUGAUCUCGAUGAGUCCUACACCGUGCCGAGGAUUGUGGCCAUCGGCCCCUACCACCAUGGCAAGGAGCACCUCAAGCCGGCGGAGAAGGUGAAGCACGUAGCUGCCUGCCACUGCGUUAGGCAGUCCGGCCGCUUGCUGGAGGAGCUCUACGGCGCGUUUCUCCCCGUGGCGGACUAUACUCGCGAUCGCCACUUCUACGACAGGGAUGUGAUGGCAGGUAUCAACCAUGAAGAUUUUCGACACAUGAUGUUCUUUGAUGCCUGCUUCUUGGUGCAGUACAUGCUUAUUUUCCACGGUACCGGAGACGUAGAUGAGAGCCUGAACGGCUUCUUGAGGCCUAACCGUAGCGACAUCUUCCACGACGUGAUGCUGCUGGAGAACCAGCUCCCGUGGCAUGUGGUCGAGACCGUCGUAGCUUCAUGCGCAGGCCAAAGUUAUCCAAGAGAUUCGUUCGUAGUGCGAGGACCUGUAUGCUGCAGGACGACCAUAGCGAGCCUGCCCAACAACAGACUUUCAUCUGGUAUGACAGCUACAGACCACCACAUCUCCUUGGCCUCGUCCGUUACCACAUCGUAGGACGAGGCGACAUCGAGAAAAUCGAGUCGAAGCCGUACAUAAAGUACUCUUUCAGUGCAAUGGAGCUGGCAGAGAUCGGCAUCACGCUCUCAGCCAACAAGACGAUGCAGCUCCUCGACAUGAGGCUCAAUCAGGAAGGGACCGGCCUCUUCCCCGAGCUCUCCCUGGCGCCUCUGUCCCUGGACCGUGACCGUGCAAGCUACCUCGUCAACAUGGCGGCUCUCGAGCUCUGCACGGUCCAGAGCUUCAUGGCAAAGAAGCAGGAUGAGGAAGACUCUGCUGUCUGCUCGUACCUGCUGCUCCUGGCCAAGCUGGUGUACAGGGAGGAGGACGUGCACGAGCUACGGGUGAGGGGUCUGCUGCUGGGAGGAGGAGGGCUCACCAACGAGGAGGCGCUCCGCUUCUUCACAGGCUUGCAAGGUCUCCGCAGGGGACCAUACUACUUCCGGGUCAUGGAUCAGAUCCAGAUUUACAGGGGGGAGUGCAAAGGGAUCAAGACCAAGUUGCAUGGAUUUUUUCACAACCACAAGAAAACCAUCGCCGCGGUCGCCUCCGGUGUUGUUUCGGUUGGUGGGAUCAUAGGGACUCUCCUGUCUAUCAAAAACACCCUUUGAUAUGAG